GUGAGGGAGAGAGAGUGAGAGAGUGAUGCUCUUUUUGUGUUCGAGAGAAACAGCGAUCACAAAUGCAGGGUAAAGUGAACAUGCAUUGCUCCCUCUUAUUCCUCACAUUCGUUUGCUUUUCUGAUCUACUGGGGACCUUCAUCGUCGCUUCGGGUGAUCAAUAUGGUUUGGAGUGUGUCAAUAACUAUCUCACCACUAUCACCUGCUAUGUAAACAUCUCGGCUGAAUCCCCAAGCAACAGAUCGUCCUAUUGGCUUCAGUUCAGCAUAAAUGAGGAAUAUUUUAAUUGCACAUUGAAGGAUGGAGAACAGUCAUUGGUGUGCGUGUUGGAUUUAUCUCCUGAUGUUGGUUUCACAGACACAGACAGCUACAGAAUCUCCCUCCAUCCUAGUUACCAUGGCAACAACCUGUCUGUCAUACUGGAUGGUGACUACAUGCCUAAAGAACACAUUCGCCCAGUCUCUCCGUGUAACCUUUCUUUGCACUGGGAGAAGGAUGUUGUUGUUUUCCAGUGGGAAAGUGGGUAUAAUCCAGACAUCUUAUUAAUAAAAUACCUCCAGUACCAGCUCAGCCUGCACAGUGAACACCAGCUCUAUGAGGUAGAAGUCAUGGACCAGAAUAUGUCGGUGGACAAGUCUAAAUUUGAACCUCAAACAAGAUACACAGUGCGUGUACGAUCACGGCCGAAUCAAGAGCAUUAUAAAGGCAUGUGGAGUCAGUGGACCCCUGCGUUAAACUGGUGGUCAGGCCACAUUCUCAAAGAAAUUCCUGAAAGAUCUUUCCACAUUGCCUGGUAUCUUCUGCUUUUGCUACUGUUUCUACUCACAUAUAUCCCAUACUCCAGAUGGAGAAAGCGUGAUUAUAUCCCAUCACCAGCCCCUUAUUUCAAAAACUGGAAUGUAGAUGUUCAGAUCUGUACAAUGCUAUCAGGAAAGGUGAGCGAUGUAAUGCAGGAGGAGUCUCUUCAGAUUGACAUUCUGACAGAGAGCCCAGACACGCCCCCUCAACCAACCACUUUAAUGAAUGAGACGAUGGGAAUGACCGAUCCGUUUGACCCUAUGCCCCAGUCUCCCAGCAUGCCCCAUUCUCUUGUGGGCUCAUAUGUCGACUCGGGAUGUUGGAUUCGUGACAUCAUGACAACAGAGAGAGGAAGCAUCACAUGCAGUGAGGACUACUGUACACUCUCCCAACACACUUAUGGCAUCUAACACACACACGUCAAAUUAUAUAUGGUCAAAUGUUUGGAAACAAAGCAAUAAAGAUCAUUUUAUCAUGAAUCAGGUAAAUAUGGUGAAAUUGUUUAUGCUGACGUGAAUUACUGUUGCUUUAAAAAGACGGAAUAAUCCAAAGUUUAGUUUAGUGUUGCUCUGCAUGUAAAAACAAGCUGAACCACUGUAAAUUAGAUCAAGCAUUUAGUUAUUAAACAUUGCAGAACAGAAAAUGAAAACUGUUUGAAACAAGACAAAGAAAAAAAAAAUCACUAAGCAUUCUUGUUUCUAAACUUGUAAAAAUGCAUUUCAAUUUAUUUAAUUGACUUUUUCAUAUAAGAAUAGUUUUAUUUUAAUAUAUGCACUAAAAUGUCUAACUUUAACCUCUUAACGACAGGUGGUUCAAAAAUGACCCACUAGCGUAUUUAUUUACAUUUAAUUUAUGUUUAAUGCAUGUUUAAACUGUGAAAUUGUAAACUAAUAUUGACAUCCAAUAUAUCAUUUGAAAGAUCUGUGUCUCAAGAUUCGAUAUUUUAAAGCGAUUUUAACGAUCGCAAAGUUACAAAAAUAAGAUUUUAUUAAACGUGUCAAGAGUGAAAAUCAAAACACAGAAAAUGAAACCGGAAGUUCUGACCUUUACUGUCUUCCAGCCAAACACAGAUGAGCACUAUCCUCCAAACUUCGGUAUGCUUUUCAUUGCAAGAGUGCAGUAAAUAAAAUCCAUUAGAGAUUUUAGUCCAAAAAUGUACAAAUAUGAAGAAAUAUUGAUCAAUCUUUCUUUGUUCAGGUUUUACUUCUUCAACACGUUAUCAUUCAUGUCCAUUCUCUGCAAAAUCUUGCACUCGAUGUAGUGUUUCAGUAGCAAAACACCCAAACAUGAUAUUUGGGAGGGUCUUAUGAACACAAUCAGCACUCCCUCAAAAUUUUCUGUGCAGAUGUGAUUGGGUAGUCAUUCAAAAUAGCCAAACAGGACAGUUGACGCGAGUGAUGUAAAGAUUUGCAUCAUCCAUGUUUGUCUCUGGAUAAAGUCGGCCAAUGAAAAGCUAAAUCAUUUUUGACUGAUGGGUCGUGUAUCCAAUGAAAAGAUGAAAACAAUGAUAUAAGGGUUGUUUAUAUCCCUGAUGCUGAUUCGUGAUGGUUCGGAGUGGAAAACCGUGGACUGUGUUUGUUUGUGUUUGCGCUUUUACGCAUGGUGUGCAGUUAUAACGCGUUACUGCCGUACUGUCAACAAAGAACUCAGCAUUUGGACCCAUGAUCUGAUCCACCCUCCUCAGCUUCAGUUACCAUCGCUAAGAGUUUGGAGAACACACACUCCCGACUGCAUUUUUUCGUCAAACCCCCUGUUCAAAAUGACAUUCAAACCGAGAUGAGCCAUCCUCCACGGCUUCGCUCACCGUGAGUUAGACCCUGGAGCACACGUGCUCCCAAUGCAUUGUCAUUUUUUCACUGAUUUUUCUUUGCCGUUCACCCAGGGUCUUUAACCUCUGCCUCAAGCCGAGAGGCACCACCCUCCUCGGCUUCAGUCGCCUUCACCAUGGGCCUGGAGGUACCGUUCCUCCCUACUGCAUUUUUUCAUCAAAACCCCUGUUCAACUGCACAUCCAGGGGGCUCGGACAUGUCAUUCAUACUGAGAUGAGCCACACUACACGGCUUCACUCACCGUGAGAUAGACCCUGGAGCAUAUGUGCUUCCAAGGCUUCACUGAUGGUGAUCGAAGCCGGGGAGAGUGAGGCUCCCUGGCUUGAGGCAGUGGCUAAAGACCCUGGGUGGCAGAGCAAAAGCAGAGCAAAGGUCAAUUUACAUUUGUAUGGGUUAAAAAAUGAACAGAAGCAUCUUUAUUGUAAGUACAAGUUUAUUUCCAUUGCAACAUUUCAAACUGUAAUGUUCUUUUCACAUUGUUCAUAAAAUGCAUAAAUAUAUAUGGAAUGCAUUAUAAUAUAU